UGAUGCAUUAUUGACACCACUUGCACAAGCGUAGGAAAUGGCUUGCUUUGUCAACAUCCCUAUUUUUCCCUCUCUGGCUCCCUCCCCCCCUCUCUCUCUCCCUUGUAGUUGCAGACUUCCUGAAUUUCUGGUACAACCUGAGCCAAGUCAACCUGAUGGAAUACAGAGCUUCCCAAGGAUAUACAGCACACUCCAGUGGAAACCACAUAGGAGCAGGAGAUCAAAAUCCCUUGGAGGCUUAAGCCAACCAGACCUCAUCAUUUGAAAGGAAAAUGGAGACAGCCUAUGCCUUAUUUGUUAUUAUAUUGCAUUUACUGAUUGCUCCUUUUGCCCUGGUCUUUGUUUGGGCCAUUUACUAUGACCUUUCUACAUCAGAGAUCCCUCCUGGAAUUGACCAGCCUAUGAAGCUCCGUAUCCUUCACUGGUUGUUGCUUGUUUCGGCUUCUCUGGGGAAGAUUCUGGAGAAUCUCUGCUUCUGCUCUCAAAUUAAUUUCAUCCGCUACACUCAAGAAGGCAAAAACCUGGGAGAAGAUCCCAAACUCCUCAUUAAGGAUCUAAUAUUUGAUGACAUUCCAGUGCGGGUUUACCAGCCAAGAGAAUCCAAAUCCGAGCGAAAGAGAGGAGUUGUCUUUUUCCACGGAGGAGGCUGGAUGUUUGGCAGUAUCAAUUCAUAUGAUCAUGUUUGCCGGUACAUUGCCAGAGAAAGCGAUUCAGUGCUGGUAUCUGUUGGAUAUCAGCUGGCCCCGGAGCAGAAGUAUCCAUCUCAGUUUAAGGAUUGCCUAUCUGCCACUGUCCAUUUUUUGAAGAAAGCUGAAGACUACAGCGUGGAUCCUGCCCGCAUUAUCAUCAGCGGGGACAGCGUCGGAGGGAAUUUUGCUGCUUCCGUUUGCCAGGCUUUAGUCAGCAGAUCCGAUGUAGUCAAACCGCUGGCUCAGAUUCUCAUCUAUCCUGGUCUUCAAGCGAUUGAUUUCAACUUACCUUCCUACCAGCAAAACCGAGCUGUCCCCAUCUUGUACCGAGAGCACGUCAUCUGUUCGGCUUUGCAGUAUCUUAAUAAGGAUUUGUCCGUUUUACCCAGCGUCAUGCAAGGGUGUCACGUUCCAAGCGACAUCAAAAUGAAAUUUGGGAAAUGGAUCAACUCUGAGAACAUCCCAGAGGAAUUUAAGGCCAGAGGCUUCAAGCCAUUGGAGGCCACAGCCUUCUUAGAUGAAGUCUAUGAGGUGGUGAAGCAAGCUUUAGAGACAACUUUCUCUCCUCUCAUGGCAGAAGAUGCUGUUAUUGCUCAGCUUCCCAAGGCUUGUGUUGUAACUUGUGAAUACGAUGUUCUAAGAGAUGACGGGAUUCUUUACAAGAAACGGCUGGAGGACAACGGGGUGCCGGUCACUUGGUACCACAUUGAGGAUGGAUUCCACGGAGUGAUCAACCUUUUCAGUGGUUUUUUGUCAUUCCCUUCGGGGAAAAAGGGGGUAGACAGCAUUGUGACUUUUGUAAGAGGUUUAUGAAGUGAUGUUUGAUUAAAUAGA